AUGCUUCCGGCGCUGAGACCUCGCCUCAGCCUCCCCCUCGCCCACCUCUGCCGCCGCCUCUCCUCGUCCUCUUCCGGCGAGGGAGCUCCACCCGCCGCCCCCACGGACGCCGCGACGCUGGCCGCGGCGAAGGCGCGGGAGGCGUAUGCGGCGCGCAUGGAGGCGUACAAGAAGGUGCAGGAGUUCGACUGGUCCAGCGGCGCUGAUUGGAAGACCGCCGCCAACAUCCUCUUCACGGUGCCCCCCAAGCGCAAGGAGUUCGGGCUUGACUUCCACCUUGUACAGCUCUUCUUUGUUUGCAUGCCCUCAUUAGCUGUCUAUUUGGUAGCCCAGUAUGCACGAAGUGAGAUCAAAAGGAUGGAAGCGGAAGCAGAAGCAAAAAGGAAAAAAAUCGAGGAAGUAGAGAAACAGAAACAACUUGAGGUCGACUCUGUUAAGGUGGAUGCCGAUUCGAAGCUGGCAACAGUUUUAGUCAGGUUAGAUACACUGGAGGGUGUCGUUAAGGAAAUUGCAGAUGACAAAAUGAGAAGUUCUGCCCUUACCAAAGAGGAAUCUCUGAAGAAAGGUCAGACAUCAUCUCCUGAUAAGGCCUCUGCUCCAAAAAGUGAUGCAAGUGAUAGUCAGCUAGCGUCAGUCAAGAUUAAGGACAUCAAGGAUGCUACGAAUUCUCCGCCAGAUGCGACACAGCAGGACACUAAACGGGACAGAGGCAAGACAAAUGUCUGUGGAUCAGGCAAAGGGCUAGAUCAGGUAGCACCUUUUCUUUUUGAGGGAGAACAGUUAGCAUCAUUUCUUUUUGAGGGAGUUCAGUUAGCACUUAGAAGUCAUGGCUACGUUGAUCCAUUUGCCGAAAAUUGUGGGAGCUUUGCUCCAGGUUACACUGGAUAA